GGAAGUGUUGUCAGGUACACAGGAAAGGUCGUGGGUGUCGUGGCGACAGUCUGAGUGGUUGCAGUGCUGUUGUUUGAAGCCGGCACUAUGAAGACGGUGCUGAUGGUGGCCGAGAAACCGUCUCUGGCUCAGUCCAUUGCCAAGAUCCUAUCGCGGGAAAGUUGAACAAGAAGGGAAAGAAUGCUUUGCUACCUAGGAACCACAGGAUGCCUUCUGAUGGUUGUUUAGGAGUAGGCAUGUAUGGGGAUACAGAGCAUGAGAUUUCGGUGCAUUAUUGAUUCUUCCCACAAGUACACCAAUGCUCCUUCGCUAGAAAGGGAAGUAUCAUCCAGAAGUCCAUUCCUAAUGAAGUACUUGAGCCCUCAAGGCCCACAGGAUUUCAGGUAACUUCAACUCCCGGAAAGGGUUGAAUGGAGUAUGCUCUGUACACGAGUACACUGGGACUUUCCUGGGGCAGAGUGUUCGGUUCAAGGUGACUUCAGUCUGUGGUCACGUGAUGACCUUGGAUUUCAUAGGUAAAUAUAACAACUGGGAUAAAGUUGAUCCGGCAGAGCUUUUCAGCAAAGCACCAACAGAAAAGAAAGAAGCCAACCCCAAACUCAACAUGGUGAAGUUCUUACAGGUAGAAGGGCGAGGCAUUGACUGCAUUGUGCUGUGGCUGGAUUGUGACAAGGAAGGGGAAAACAUCUGCUUUGAGGUGCUUGAUGCUAUUCGACCUGUUAUGAACAUUCCUCGUGGAAAUGAGAGGGUGAUUUAUCGUGCUAAGUUCAGUGCUAUAACCGAUGCUGACAUUAGCAAUGCUAUGAACCAAUUGGGAGAACCAAAUCGGAAUGAGGCACUAUCAGUGGAUGCGCGUCAAGAGCUAGACCUGAGAGUGGGAUGUGCUUUUACCAGAUUUCAGACCAAGUACUUCCAGGGCAAAUAUGGGAAUUUGGACAGUUCCCUCAUCUCCUUUGGACCCUGCCAGACACCCACUCUUGGCUUCUGUGUCGAGAGGCAUGACAAGAUCCAGUCUUUCAAGCCUGAGGCUUAUUGGGUCCUCCAGGCAAAGAUCAGUAAUUGUGCUGGGGAUUCCAUGGUUCUGGACUGGGACAGAGUUAGAGUAUUUGACCGGGAAGUUGCACAGAUGUAUCUGAAUAUGACAAAAUCCACAACAGAAACCAAGGUGGAAUCUGUAACUAAAAAGGAGAAGGUGAAACAGCGACCACAGGCUCUGAACACGGUGGAGAUGCUGCGUGUAGCCAGCUCUGCUUUGGGGAUGGGCCCCCAGCAUGCUAUGCAAAUAGCUGAGAAGCUGUACACCCAGGGGUACAUUAGCUAUCCUCGAACAGAGACCACCCAAUAUCCAGAAAACUUCGAUCUCAAAGGAACCCUCCGACAGCAAGCGAACAACCCCUACUGGAGUGAAAUGGUAAAGACAUUACUCGCUGAAGGCAUCAAUCGUCCUCGGAAGGGUCAGGACGUUGGCGACCAUCCUCCCAUCACUCCGAUGCGAUCUGCCACAGAAGCUGAAUUAGGUAGUGACGGCUGGAGGCUAUACGAGUACAUCACCAGACACUUCAUCGCUACAAUCAGCCAUGACUGCAAGUACCUCCAAACCACCAUUGCGUUCGGCGUCAAUAUGGAACAUUUUACGUGUACAGGGAAGACUCUGAUUUCACCUGGUUACACUGCAGUGAUGCCAUGGCAGAGCCUGGCAGAGGAGGAGACCCUUCCAAACUGUGAGCGAGGCGAUGUGUUCACUGUUGAUGAGGUUAAGUUGUUAGAGAAACAGACAAAUCCACCUGACUACCUGACGGAGGCAGAACUUAUCACCUUGAUGGAAAAACAUGGCAUUGGGACGGAUGCCAGUAUCCCUGUCCACAUCAACAACAUCUGUCAACGCAACUAUGUCACUGUGGAGAGUGGCCGCAGAUUGAAACCCACCAACCUUGGAAUUGUCCUUGUUCAUGGAUAUUACAAAAUCGACCAGGAGCUUGUCCUUCCCACCAUCCGCAGUGCUGUUGAGAAGCAACUUGGUCUCAUUGCUGCAGGCAAAGCUGACUUUCCACCAGUCCUGGAGCAUGCCCUAAAUAUCUUCAAGAGGAAGUUCCAUUAUUUUGUGGACUCUAUAGCUGGUAUGGAUGAAUUAAUGGAGGUGUCAUUUUCUCCAAUUGCUGAGACAGGGAAGCCUCUGUCCCGCUGUGGCAAGUGUCAUCGAUUCAUGAAGUACAUUCAGGCCAAACCCAGCCGGAUGCACUGUUCACAUUGUGAUGAUACCUACAGCUUACCCCAGAAUGGAACCAUCAAACUGUACAAAGAGCUCCGCUGCCCUCUGGAUGAGUUUGAACUGGUUCUCUGGUCAUCUGGUUCCAGGGGGAAGAGCUACCCACUCUGUCCAUAUUGCUACAACCACCCACCGUUCCGUGAUAUGAGGAAAGGAAUGGGAUGUAAUGAAUGUACCCAUCCAACAUGUCAGCAUUCGCUUAACCUGCUGGGGAUCGUCCAGUGUUUGGAAUGUGAGAGUGGUGUUCUGGUCUUUGACCCCACCUCAGGUCCCAAGUGGAAGAUGGCUUGUAACAAAUGCAACGUGGUGGUACACUUUUUUGAAAAUGCCCACAGGGUGAAGGUGUCAUCUGAAACCUGCGAUGUGUGCGAGGCUGCAAUUGUUGACGUGGACUUCAACAAGGCAAAGUCACCACUGCCUGGUGAAGCAACACAGCAUUCAGGCUGCGUCUUCUGCGAUCUGGUGUUUCAGAACCUCGUUGAGCUUCAGUACGCCAAAAUGAAGCACCCAAUGCACAGGGGUGGUGGGGGACAGAGCCGAAGACGAGGGCGGGGGAGGGGCAGAGGACGUAGACCUCCAGGCAGGAGCAAUCCAAAGAAACCCAAAGAUAAAAUGGCGGCACUAGCUGCUUAUUUUGUGUAGGAGUCAAUAGGGUCUUGAAUAGCCCAUAUACAGAGGCAUUUUUGUUGAUGUUAGUUGAGGAAUUUGUGGUCUGUUGGUCUCUUCCAUUUUGUUUCUUUUUUUUUUGUUUUAAAUGAGUUGGAUAAGUUUCCUUAAUGGCUGAGCCGGAAAGUGUAUGACUCAGUGCAGAACUGGGCCUAUCCCUGUUCAAUGCUGUCUUAGCUGUUAUCAUCCAGGGCAGGAAUGGGGCAUGAGAGUUUCUUUCAGUCCAUCUGGGUUGAGAAAGAAAUUGGUUGAGGGUUCUUAUUCUUCAUUACUGUCCAGGAGCUCCUGCUGCAUAUUACAUUUUUGUGAGUUUCAGAUAAGAACAGGAUUGACCUUGAGUGCGAUGCCCUUCACACUUGUAUACAUUGCCAACAUUGACCAUCUUGGCUCAAAAAUGCAGAAUAACCAUACGGACUAUUUAAGACAAAGAUUUUUUACAGCGUGCUGAAGUUGGCAUUUAAAUGGUAAAUUUCUGCAAUGUGCAGGAAAUAAUGAUUUAGCCAUGGAAAAAUAUUUUCUAAAGCAUGCAGUGAAAGCCAUAAGAAACGAGCUCAGUCAACUUUGCUGAUUCACCGCAGAACAUAUGUCUAUCCUGGUUGCCAGGCAUAGUAAGCUGGCACCAUUUACAAUAAAUGAACACUGUGGAGCA